AUGGGCGGUCCCAAUCUCGAAGUAUUCAAGUUCGGAAUGUACAUUAUGUUCCCCAUCGGCAUCAUGUACUACUUCGGAACGAAUCUGGACUCACGCUUUUCCGUUCCAGACUUCUGGCCCAAGGAAGAUCAAUCGCACAGAAUCCCGUUCGAAAGGGACGAGAUCAAGGAGGAGCUGGAGAGACUGAAGCAGCGGCGGCUGGCAAGAAGGGCACAGCGGAUAGAGAUGGAGCACGAGGGUAAAGAUACGGAGGUCACGAUGAACAGAGAACAGCAGGCCGAGCAUCCUAGGCCGGAGCCGUUGGAGGCAACGCACAUGGAGGAGCCGGGGAAGAGUCAGAUUGCGAGGCAGAAGGGCUGGGGGAGCUGGUUUCGAUGA